UCUGGAGGGGCUAGCUAAGAUAUCAAGGAUGAAGCUCCUUUUUGUAGCUGCCUUUGCACUCUUUGUGCUCUCUACAUUUGACAAGGCUGACUCUUCAGCUUAUGACAAAAUAGUCGCCCACAGUCGCAUCAGGGCAAGAAAAGAAGGACCCAAUGUCUGCGCGCUCCAGCAAGUCAUGGGGACCAAGAAGAAGUACUUCAGCACCUGUCGUAAUUGGUACCAAGGGGCCAUCUGUGGAAAGAAAGCGACUGUGCUUUAUGAGUGCUGCCCAGGGUACAUGAAGCUGGAGGGCAUGCGUGGUUGCCCUGCAGUGGCUCCGAUUGACAACGUGUAUGGCACCCUGGGUCUCGUGAAGGCCACCUCAACCCAAAAGUACUCUGAACUUUCUGAGCUGAAGCCUGAGAUUGAGGGAUCUGGAUCCUACACCUUCUUUGCCCCCAGCAACGAGGCCUGGGAGCUUUUGGAUGAAACAGUAAGGAGUGCACUGGUCAGCAAUGUCAACAUUGAACUGUACAAUGCUUUACAUUAUCACAUGGCCAACAAACGCCUCUUGACCAAAGAUUUGAAGAAUGGGAUGACAGUCACCUCCAUGUAUAAUGACCUCGGUCUCCUAAUUAACCAUUACCCCAAUGGGGUGGUGACUGUGAACUGCGCUCGGAUUAUCUAUGGCAACCAGGUUGCCACCAAUGGAGUUGUGCAUGUCAUUGACCGUGUCAUCAGUGCUGUUGGAAACACAAUCCGGGAUGUCAUUGAGAUUGACGAUGACCUGACAACUCUAAGUGAUGUGGCUCAAAACUCUGGACUUCUGGAGAAGCUGGGUCAGUCAGGACAUUACACUCUCUUUGCCCCCACCAACGAAGCUUUCGAGAGUUUGGGCAGCGACGUGUUGGAAAGACUUCAGGGUGACAAGGAAGUCCUUAAAGCUCUUUUGAAUUUCCAUCUCCUGGACUCAGUCCAGUGCUCUGAGGCCAUCAUGACUGGCACCUCUUACGAGACCCUGGAGGGCAACAACAUUGAGAUUGGCUGUGAUGGCGAAAGUCUAACAGUCAACGGCGUCAAGAUGGUGCGCAAGAAGGACAUUGUCACCAUCAAUGGUGUCAUUCACCUUAUUGACAAAGUGCUCAUGCCAGACUCAGCUAAGCAGGUGAUGGAACUGGUGGGAAGCUCCCAGUCAACAUUUGGUGAUUUGGUGUCCGAGCUUGGCCUUUCUGCUGACAUGAGAGCAGACGCCGAUUACACUUUGCUGGCUCCCCUCAACAUUGCCUUCAAUGAUGAAGUGAUGUCCAUGGAUCAGAGCUUGCUCAGGAUUAUCCUGGAGAACCACAUCUUGAAGAGAAAGAUUGUCCUGGGACAGUUGUUCAAUGGCCAGCAGCUGGAGACCAUUGGAGGAAAAAUUCUCAGGGUCUUCAUCUAUCGUACGGCUGUGUGCAUUGAGAAUUCCUGUCUGAUAAGAGGUAGUAAAGAAGGAAGCAACGGGGCCCUUCAUCUCAUGAGGACUCUGUUAAAACCGGCAGAAAAAACUAUGUUUGAAAUUCUGGUAGAAAAUGGAGGGUUCAAGAUCUUUUUGUCUCUGAUGGAAGCUGCUGGCUUGACUGACCUGCUAAAACAGGAGGGAGACUUUACUCUGUUUGCCCCAAGUGAUAAGGCUUUCGCUGGUUUGAGCGAGAAUGAUUUCAACUUGUUGAAGAGUGACAUAAAUGCUCUCAGAACCAUUCUUCUGUAUCACAUCAAUAAGGGUGUCUUCAUUGGUGGUGGUUUGGAGUCUGGGGUGACAAACCUUCUCAAGUCUCUUCAGGGCAGCAACCUCAAAGUGAUGUCUGCAAACAACACUGUGCAAGUGAAUUCUGUCCGAGUCCCUGAAUCUGAUAUCAUGGCCACAAAUGGAGUCAUUCACUUCGUCAACCAAGUCUUGUAUCCCGGAGAUAUCCCUGUUGGAAGCCAGGAUCUCCUUACACUAUUGAGGAGGUUCAUCACUUACAUGCAAAUUAAGUACAUUCCAGGAUUCAGAUAUCAGGAGAUUCCCCUUACAUUUAUGAUUUCCAAAGUGACAAGGGUUAUUCAGGGGGAACCUUCUGUGACCAAGGUCACCAGAGUCAUUGAAGCUCAACCCUCCAUCACCAAAGUUACCAGAGUCAUUGAAGGUCCACCCUCCAUCACCAAAGUUACCAGGGUCAUUGAAGGCCCUCAGUACUCAGUCAGCACUGGCACCACCAACAUCGACCUGGAAGGAAUUGACCUUUCAACACUUAACGUUGAAGGGGACGCUGAACGACUUACCAAAAUGAUCCAAGCAGGCAAUACGAGAAGAACCUCUACUUGAAGAGUUGUAGCUGGCAGCAGGAAGAGGCCAAAGGAAUGAGCAUGGGCAGAUGAAAAUAUCGACGUUAUAAAGGCAGAGUGAGACACCAAACCCAGACGAUAAAAGUGAUGUUUUAAUACAGGGGAUACACUUAGAAUGUCAGUGAUUCCAAAUAUACUGUAACAGGUAUAUUUGACAAAAAUAAAACUAUUCUCAUAAACAAUUUAAUGGUGCUUUGAAUGUAUAUCUAGUAUGAGUGUGCAAUGUCUGGAAAGAGUUCAGCAUAUUCAAACAGUUCAAAUUAACGUUUUGGCAUGACUUUAAAGACACAGAGCAAGUCAGGGUAGCAAUAAAAUCCAAGCCAUUAGAGAAGUAAUAAAAACAUUUCAGUUCUAAAUUUCUCUGUGCAUUUGCUAGAGGUGAAGGUUAAAACAAAGAGAUUUUACUGGCUGUUUUGGAAGAUUUAUAAAUCUUAGCAUGAUAAACAUGAAAAAAAUAGAGGCUUAAACUGUUACAUUCUUUUAAUUUCUGUGGCUGUAAAGUGGUUAAGGUUUUGUGUAAAUUUUUGUUUCAUGUGGAAUGAUGUAUCCAACUCCAGGGUUUUUUCCUUUGUUUUUUAUUACAUCUUCCAAUAAAGUGCAUUCUUUAUAAACAUACGCCAGUUUGAAAAGGGCAUCUGAAGAGAUUGUUGUUUGGAGUCAUUUCUAAUGUACUUGUGAAGUCCUUAAGUAGUCAACAUUGGUUCAGAAAAGAGAGUCAAAUUUCAAAUCUAAAUAUCAUGUCUGCAUUUUAUAUUUCCAAAAACGAGGUCUUUAAAUUAGACUGCAAUAUUUCUGAGUCAUUCUUUUCAAUGGCCCAGUCAUUUUUCUGUAUGUUUAAGAGGGAACUUCCAAGUGGACAUUAUGUAAAAUAUGAAAUAAACUGGGUUCAAUGUGCAAAA